CUUCCUCACGCUAAGGUUAUUUUCUUUCUCUCUCAUUUUUCUCCUCAUUUUCCGUUUCUUAUCAUUCAUUCCGUAUCAUAAUAUAAGAUAACGAUAUUGCCAAUUUUAUUCGCAUUCUGUUUGAUUGCCGCGAAACUUCUGCUAAAGCCAUGCCGACUUUUACUGCGAUAGCAUUUGAUAGGUUAAUAGAGCCUGGAGCUUCUAGGGAGGGUCAGAGAUCUGCUUCCAACUCCUUGCCAGUUCCUAGUACAAAGAAGCUUGAGGGGAAGAGCAGUGAACCGACUGCUCGAAAGAAGGUGCCUCCUCGUCCUCAAUUAAAGCCGUCGCUUUAUGCUACUCCUGAGGUGACGCAGCUUCCGGAUUCGCCGCUUCAUAAUUCGCCGUCUUCGUUUCCGCCUUCUCCUUACAUCAUUAAUCACAAACGCCGUGGGCCGCGUCUGCUCAAGAGUUUCUCGGAGGCCAAUGUACAGGCAAAGCAGGAGGUUCAGGAGGAAGGAAAUGCUAAUGGUAUGAGCUCUGAUACUGUGGUUUCUAGUUCAGCUGGUGACCUCCAAGUUACUUUCACAAACACUGAAAAUGUUAAGGAGGAGCAAGAUAAUGGUGUACAGGAUACCAAACUUAGUAGCAGCAAUGGUGGCGAUGUAGGGCCUGCGCACAAAGAAAAUGAAAUUAGUAGCGAUCCUAAUGGAAUGCAUGAUGAUAAGGUAGCGGCGUUGAAAUUGGAAAGAGAUGGUGAGAGUGAAGACUUUUUUGAUCUAAAUGAUUCUAUGAGCUUGACAAGUUACACGGAUGGAGAGGAUAAUACAGGCACAGCACGCUCUGCAAAGUAUAGCACUGCUGGCGGGGAGUUUUUUGAUGCCUGGGAAGAACUCUCUUCUGAGAGUGGGACUCAAGGUUCUCUACGUGAUGUCGAUGCUGAAUUGCGUGAAAUAAGGUUGAGUCUAUUGAUGGAGAUAGAGAAGCGAAAGGAAGUGGAAGAAUCUCUGAAAAGCAUGCAAAGCCAGUGGGAGAGAAUCAGACAAGGGUUUUCUCUCGUUGGAAUUGUUUUACCCGCAGAUCUUACUGCUUUUGCGGAAGGUGGGCAACUGAAUUCUGAUCCCGUGGAUGAUAUAUGUCAGCAGGUUUACAUUGCUAGGUUCAUAUCAAACACCAUUGGGAAAGGAACUGCCAGGGCUGAGAUGGAGGCAGAGAUGAAAGCCCAAUUAGACUCAAAGAAUUUUGAGAUUUCUCGGUUAUUGGAACGCCUUCAUUAUUAUGAGACCAUGAAUAGGGAGAUGUCUCAGAGAAACCAAGAGGCAGUAGAGAUGGCAAGGCGUGAGAGACAGAGAAAGACUAGAAGGCAGAGAUGGAUUUGGGGCUCUAUUACUACUGCCAUUGUACUUGGUACUACAGCAAUAGCUUGGUCUUAUCUUCCAUCAAGUAAAGGAUCAACAUCUGCAGACCAUGAUCAGGUUUCCGAACCCGAUGACGGAGCCAAGUAAUAUUCCACCAACACUAACUUUGUCUAGUAAUGGUAGGAGAGGAGAAUAAAAGUUUUACAGGCUACUAUUGUGGCUUACACAUAUCAUACUUGAACAACUACAAUUUUGCGGCAUUCUGAGUAUGUGCAUAUUGAGCCGUUCGGUACAAUAACUUUGCCUUCGAGUGCAAAAGUUUAGAUGCUUGAUUAGUAAAAUGGUGCACUCUAUAUUGAUAAGAGCACAUAUAGAUUUUUCCUUACCUUGGCAUUUGAUACAUUUCAGUGCACAUAUAGAUUCUUUAUACUUGCUUCUCCAAGCAUUCUAAUACAACAGAAGAAAUUUGAUA